AUGGCUAUAGAAGCUUUGAUGAAAAUUUUGUCUAUCGAGCCCAACGAGAGAUGCGAUACCCCAGGAAGUCCCUUCUCAAGUACUUUUGAAGCGCCUCUUCCAACUCCAACCCAGUCUGCGAACAGAACAAACUCAUACCGGGAAGAGCAGCGCUUAAUCGACGCCUACUUUUCCAGUAUUCAUGUCUUCACUCCAAUCAUCCACGAGCCCAGCUUCAGAAACAAAUACUUAAUAAGUCAUGAUAAUCAAGAUCGAUGUUGGCUUGCUCUACUCAACAUGGUUCUCGCCUUAGGAAGCAUCGCAUCUUCCUCUGGCGACUCUGCCAAAGACCUUGGAUACUAUCACACAGCCCAACAAAACCUUUCAGUCGAGAGCUUUGGAAGUGGUCGUUUGGAGAUCUUACAAGCUCUCAUUCUUAUGGGCGGACAGUACCUACAUUUUCGCAACCGACCACACAUGGCCAGCGCAAUCAUAGCCACUUGCUAUAGAGUCGCAGGAGAUAUUGGUUCCAAUACAGAUAGUUCAGAAAAUUUGUCUGGAACUAUUGAUAUUCGAGAAGAGGUUAGGAGAAGAAACUGGAUGACUAUCUAUGUCCUUGAUACUUGGACUUCUGUCACUCUAGGGAGGUCUUCGACGAUUGAUGUCUCAGCCCCUUCGCUUCAAAGCAUGCUCGCAAACCUGGUAAGGAUUAUUGAUUCCAAUUCUCUCUCACUUUGA